AUGGAAGACCAAAAAAAUCUGAAGUCCAAAUUAUAAGAAACUAUUGAAAAGAGGAAUACAUAAUAAUAAUUGAGAGAGAGUUUGGUAGAUAAAGAAGAAGUCAGAAGAAUUAUUGAUGUCUUAGAUGAGAAUUUCAAGAAUGAAGAAGACAGUGAUGAAUAUCAAGUCAAAGAGCAGAGAUCUAGAUCUAAAUAAAAAGUUAUAGAUAGCUCUACUUCUAGUGAAGUAAAUUGCUUAAAAAAGAGUCCUUAAAAAUAAAAGAUAGAAAACCUUUAAGAUAUCAUCAAUAAUUUAGAGCUCAUUUAGAUGAGGCAGGUUGAAUCAAAACCAAUCAAUACAGAUGUCAAGCAGUUUGAAGACAAUUUAAGAAACAAUGCAUUCUUUCAGUCCUUUGUAAACAGUCAUGAUAAAGUACUAAACAAAUUAAUUGAUUAGGCUUAAAGUCACACCUCUUAUAAGUUUAAGGAAGAUCUUCAGGAUAAGAUGGAGAUUUAGAGUCCAUUUAGACAGGCUUAAAAGUUGAUUCAAAAGAAAAUUGAUAUAAAACAAAUCAUAUAGUUAAAGAACUAGCAAACAAAAGGGAAAAAUAGUUUGACUAAUAACAGCUUAGAUUAGACGCAAUCAAGAACAUUACAGAUGAGCUAAGAUAAACAAAUGAAAUCAUUCUCGAGAUAAGAUGUAAAUAUUAGAAACUACCUUACUACCUUUGGAAAUACAAAUACAAUAAAUAUGGAACAGUCAAUGUUUGAUGAUAGCAAAAUCUAGUAAAACCUUAGAAGAGAGAGGAUGAACAGUUACUCUAGGUGGUUGAACUAUGCUGAUAUGUCUUAGAUUAAAAGUCCUACACCAAAAGUUCAUUCAUGA